GAUAAGUAAGUACUGAUUAAUGGCUCAUUCUGUCAUCAUUGGAGACAGCAAGUCAACCAAGAGUGUACUUAUAGUCACUGAUAAGUAAGUACUGAUUAAUGACUCACUCUGUCAUCAUAGGGGACAGCAAGUCAACCAAGAGUGUCCUUAUAGUCACUGAUAAGAGAGUAAUUUAUGCCAACAGAGGGGACAUUUUUGGACACUGGGAUGCAGAGUGGACUUACACAUGGAGUGAACUAAAAGAAAAACCAAAACGAUCUGCAAAAGGAGUGGAGUUUCUUCUUAAGGAUGAAAAGAAAAAGAAAUUUCCUUUCCAACUUGGGAGUUCUGCAAAGAAGAUCGAAGUCCAUAUCUCCGAACCAAAGAGAGCAGAGUGGUUGGUAGGAAAAAUUGCAGAAGCUAUGGAUGCAUGGAAAUAGAGACAAAUAUAUCGGAGACAAUAUAUAAUGCUUACGUGCCAUCAUCAUCGACAGUGUAUACCUCCCCUAUCUAACUCUAUAGACAUUGACAUCCCUUACUUGUGUGUGUGUUUGUUUGUAUAAAAAAUUAUGUCCUGAUCAAAAUCGUGCACUUUGUUUAUCCUAUGCUUAACAUUGACAUUUUGUUAAAAUAUUUCUUUAAAAAAAUAGAACAUAAAAUUUGUAUUCUUUUGAAGUCUUAAGUAAAGGUUUGUGAACUACUUAUACACCGUUACUUUUGUCUUGUCUUGUUUCAAAUUUAUUCAGUUGAGAAAUAAUGCUUAUACAUGUAUGUUCUUUGAAUUAGCCCCAUUUUAAAUUUGCCUAUUAAGAGUUGUUAUUUGAUUAUUGAUUACGUUAAUGUCCUUUGAUUGAAUAGCAGGUAAUUAAUAGUGCUUGUAUGAGUAUGAUAAGUCUUUGAUAUCAUUAUCAUUUAUUUGUUAUUAUUACUAUAAAGUUAUCAAGGUGUAAUAUUGUAUGUAAAUUAGUUAGAACAAGCUAAUUAGCAAUAGAUAGUGCCAUCUCAUGUUGUCUCAUUUAGUUACAUACAUAUCGUAUUAUAAGUACCAUAUAGGUAUAGAGUAUAAAUAUAAAAUUAUAUAGAAAUAUCUAUAAAAAAAAAAUCAUUUGUGUGCAAACAAUUCGUAUAAUGAUUUUGAAUGUUGAAUUGUUUAAUUUUUUUUUUCAUUUUGAUUGUGAUUUUAAUAAACAACACAAUAUAUUACAGGAAUAUUGUAGAUCGCCUUAUUUUUUAUGACACCUUAUUUUUGGGAGUAAGCUGGUUGGUACAUGUAUUUAUUAGCAAGACAAAAUUUUGGCAAGCUGUAGUUUCUAUUGUUUAUAGUCCUUUUAUAAUAGUACGUCUGAUAAAUUUUUUUUGCAAGCAGAAAGAAUCAAUUACGUGUAGAUAAAACUCUCGCGAAUAAAAAUAGAUUUACAGUAGUCCUAAACAAAAUGCUCAAUCAUUAUGCUGCUUAUAUAGAUGUAGUCAAUGUAUUUAGAUUUUCUGUUUUUUUAUUGUCAGAUAAAUCACAUUUAAUAUACCCUUAUUGUUUUAGAAGAAUUGUUAUGUUAUUUAACAUCUUUAUUUUAUUUAUUGCAGUUUUACAAAAAGUUGCUGCAUUUAUGUGCUUGUGUAUAAAUACUAUGUUCACAUAAAAAAAAACCAAAAGUACAUCAUUCAUAAAAAAUCAGUAAUAUUGCAUAAUAAGUUUUGGAGAUAAAUUUUUAACAGCAUAGGAUAAUACAAUAUUAUACAUGUACCAAAUGUAAAGAGCUGUUUGCUCUGAAUGCUUUCAUAAUAUACAUUGGCAUUUUAAUUGAUUUAUAACAGAAUCUUGUAAUAAUUGCAAAAAAGACACACAGUGACUAAAAAUAGCAAGGUAAACUCUUCAGUCAGUUAUUACAUAACAUGUAGCAAUGUCUAUAAAUAGAUUAAUGAAUAUAUAUAUAUAUAUAUAAGGAUGUGUGUUUGUGUGUUAAUUUUUCAUAGAAUUUUGUGAAAAUUCUUUUGAAUGAAAGACAAACUCAGUAGGGAACCUAGAAUAUGCUAUCAAACCUCUCAAAGCAAUAUUCAUCUGUAUUCAUGUUGACACAUUCCCCUCUGUAUAAUAGUAUAUCAUUUUUGUAAUCCAAUAUAAUUUUUGCAUAUGCAGAGUAAAAGAAUACACAUCACUAGGGUCAUAUUUUUUGUAUUUCAUGUAUUAUUUUUCUUCAUCAAGUGUUUACUGUCAUACUUUUAUUUUAUUUACACAAAGCCAAAAUAUUGCUGAAUGUAUUGAAAGCUGCACUUUAUUAUCAUACAGUUAAACUUGCCUCAUCUGGAUCUUGUAUAAUUCAAAGUCCUGCCUAAUACAAUAUACAAAAAAUUAAAGUCUUUUCAGUAAGUUCAUUUGUUUAAACUGCUGUCUAAUCUGGAAUGUUGUCUAACCCAGCCAAUCUCUUUAGAACUAGUGUUGUCCCAGAUGAGACAAGUUUUACUGUGUAUUAUGUAUCUGCUUGUUUUGAUAUAAGAUUUAUUUUUGUAUUAUUUUAUUUUGUUCACUAGUUUCCUGAUGGUGAGUUCUGUUUAGUAAGGGUACAUUCAGGAAAUUUGCUGAACAAAUUAUUAGGUCUUGCCAUAGCUUCAAAUAUUUUUUUUGUUAGUUUUUACUUUGUAGUAAAACUGUAUAUUCUCUAAUAUUUACCGUGUUACUGUGGGUAUAUGCUAUUGGAGUUGUUAGAGUAUAGUAUACUAUUGCGCCUAUGUAUUAUUUUUUAUUGUGCCUGGGUCUCUUUAAUUGUCAUAAAAUAUCUCUUGAUUUUAAAACAAGUCUUAGGAAAAGAGGAAUUUUCUGUUCUAAUAACAUAGGCCAUGUAAUUCAAAGAAAAGAAAAAAACACUGCCAUAUGACAAAUUAAAAGUAACCUUUCAGAAACUAAUAGAUAUUCCGUUUUUGGUACAAUAAAACAUGGUUGUAACUAUUAAGGUCAAAACUUUAUUAUCUCUUCCCAAAGUGUGUGACUACGAUAUAAUAAUUUUCCCUUUAACUUCGUUUUACCUAUGGGAUAAGAUUUAAGUUUUUAUUGUUCUUAGAAAGCACAUACUUGGUGAGUGUGAAAUAAAAUCUGUGUGUAUAAUCCAAAUCUUUGUAGGUGAGUCUAAUUGUCAAAGCCUUGUCCCCAAUAUAGUCACUAUAACCUUAUUGUUUAGCUAAGUCAGGUGCAAUGUAUGAGGAAUUAUGCUUAUCUCUACACUUUAGAAAUAUUGAAAUUGUUGAUAUCAAUAAGUCUUUUAUGUAUGGAAUAUUUCAAAUGUAACCGUAAAAUAAAACUUGCAUUUGUUAAAUAGUUUGUGCCUAUUAAAACCCUGUCUAUAUAGAAACCUUGUGUCUAGAUAAUGAAUUUUCUUACUGUGUUAUUUUAUCCAAUGCAUUUAAAUUACAUUUCCUGUUAACUUCACUUUUUUUUCUUGAUUACAGUCAAACUUCGUUAUUUCGAACCUAACUAAUUGAGAAAUUUUUAGAGAUCGUUGAGCAUUUGAUAGUGAGUUUAAAAAAACAGUAAGAUAGAGGUGUGACUGACAUAUCCAUGGGUUUCGAGAUAUCCGUGUUCGAGAUAAAGAAGACCGACUGUAUUACAUGUACCUUUAUUUACUGUGUGAGUAAAAUGAAAUGUUAAAAAACACAUAAUAAGAUUCUGAUAUAAUCUGUCUUUUCGAAGUUAUUGGUAGUUAUUUACGAAAAUAUUGAAGUGCUGCUUGUUUUUAUCCGUUUAGUGCAAUAAAAUAAUAUCACAAAGUUA